CUUCUCCUUGCAUUGCAUGCGCUAGACAAGCUUAACUAUUUUUCUUAUGCCUUUGUAAACAUUUCAAUUUGCCUGUUAGCAUGGUAAACCGACCAGUGGAAUUGCCUUGCGAGUAGUUGUUGCUUAUUUUGGUUAUCAAUGGGUAACGUAGCAUGAGCUAGCAUGUCUUUCCACGUCUGCGGUUCGGUAAGGCCCUUAAGCUAUCGGUGGUGGGAGGACCAUGUGAAAUGGACAAAGAAGGUGGAUCUAAGUGCGGUUUGGAUUACAUAGCAUUUGUAUUUAUUCUUAAGUGCAUGUUUGGUUCUCAGUUGGAAGCCCCAACAACGACGGUGGAUCAAGGAGAUUUCUAACUGAAAACCCAACAACAAAUCGUUAGAAUCGUGUAAUACGCUACUGCCGCGUUUAUAUGUUUGUAGUGAAAAAUAACAUUUUUGUUGAAGUCCCCAAACUUAUUGCGUCCUUUAAUUGGACCUCAACUAUCGCUCGAAUUGUGUGGAGACUUGUAGCGUCCGUCAAUGAGAGAAAACAAGAAAAGAUUUGAUUUUUAAUAUAUGGAUUGUGUCGUGUAAUUGCUUCGUUAGGAGCAUUCCUAAGACAAAUCUACAUGUUCUCGGGUUAGGAGGCACAAAACACCAGGGAAAAAUUUCUCUUUCGGGAUUUGAAUUUGACCCCGAGAAUCUUAAGCAAACACACUGUAAAGCUGGCAACUUUGUUGUCAAAAGGAGAAACCAGUUUGUUUCAACGAAUGGCACAAGAAGAUUAAGGCACGAACUUCAGUUUGUAAAUGCAAGCACGAAUUUGCCCUUUAGUUGAACAUUUUAUGGGUUCAAGGUUAUCAUGUACUUUUUCUUCCUCGCGGUAUUGUUUGAUCAUGUGCAAGAAGUGUGUUGCACACUAGCAGCAAAUGAAUUCUCAUUAUCAUCAGGCAAAGCAAAACUUUUACUGCAUUAAUUCAGUGGAAAUAUGAUAUGUUUGACCUGGUGGGCCUGAGCACUUCAAAGUUCAACAUGACGUACCGCAACCAGUUGGUAGUUGAUACUAGUGCCUUAAUCGCAACAGUUUAGGGUACAUAUAUUCAAUGCUGUUGAAUCAAAUUCAGAUAGUUAAAAGUUCAUGGACAGUCAACACCCACAACCAAGAGUACGCCACCCACUAAGGUGAAAACUACAAUUUUUUUCGGGUGGGUGAACUGUGGGGCAUAUAACAUUAAAUUGCCUACAAUCAUCAGAAAUUUUGCAGAUCUUUGAAUGGACGCACCACACUUGACAGAGCAGGAUUGGCUUUUAAGCUCUUCUGAGUAUACGUCAGAAAGUAGUGUUCUAUCGAUGGACUUAAUAACCAUACAAGUGUAUGAUUAGAUCAAAGAAACAUCUUAAAUUGUAAUCGCUACUAUACAACUUAAUCUAUGACAAUGAUGCGCCCAAAAUAAAAAAACAGAGCUUAUGACAAUAAUGAAGGAUCUUAUGUCAGCCUGGAAAGUCCUCACCAUCUACCCUUUCAUGUAUUUACUUGUGUUGUACUUGUCCCUACUUAACUCAUUCGAGUUGUGUGCUUAUUCAAGAAGUUUUAAACAAUCUACAAUGUAUUCCGUAUAUUAAUUCAAGACUAAAAGGGCAUUCACAUAUAAUAAAAUAUUACCUUAAAAAUGAAUUUAGAUUCUAAGAUAUUGAUUUCUGUUUUUUUCCCACUUAGUGGAACUCAAUAGUGCUUGGCCCAGUAGCGUGAGAGACCAAUUAUUUGGAACAUAAGCCUGAAGUGCCUUUCUCAUAGCGCCAAGCUGUGAUGUGAGGGUAUCUGACUUUCCGUUGCAUAAUGCAUUUUUGGGCUGGUCAGCCAUAUGGGUAAUAAUUUUUCAUAAAGGUAACUGUGCUGCCAAUUCUCCUACUCUGUCUUGUUUUCUAAGGCUCUCCCCAAUUCAUGCUUUUUGUAGCAGUAGGUGAGCCCUUUCUGUUCACUCCCCAACCAAAACUUCUGCUCCAAGCACCUUUCUAUCUUAAAGAGAACACCUCGUAUAAUUACCAAUACUACUUAGAAACUUUCAACCAAAUUCAUCCAUACACGUGAUCUUAACUAAAAUGGACAAGGAAUUGUUAUAUAAAUGGUAAAAGGAGGAUCUGAUUCUAUUGGUUAAGGUAGGGUGGCAGGUAUAUAACUAUAUGCAUACAUGUGUCUUUCUAAAAUUUUGGGUCCAUACAUAUACUAUUGAUGCCGUGGUGAGAAGCAGUAGUUAGCUGAAUUUGCCAAUAUACCAACUUAAGAAAAUUGCUACCUAACCAAAGCAGGCUCAUCAAGAUUCUUCACUAAGUUUUCACAGAAUAAUAAAAAGGAGAAGUGUAGGCAAAGAUUUAACAUUUAUACUCUCGACGUGUAACACCUCUAAAUCCCAAUACUAGAACUUUGAUAGUGCUAUAUAAUCAAGUUGGCUUGUGACUAAAGGUGGCAGGAAAAAACACUAAGAAGUACUUGUUCAGAGGAGAUAAAUUCACUGUUAACUUUAUAGUUUUUUAACAGGCAUUUCUGUCAUUUGGGCUUACUCUAUAGUUGGUUAAUAAAAUAAGCUACCUGGUCUCAUACCCUUAAAAGCUAGUCCUGUUUAUAAGCACCUCAAGAGAAAGAGAGCCAUCAUUCCAAAAAAGGGAGAAAAAGAAGAGAGAAAACAAGCGAGAAUUGACAAGGUAGAGGAAAGAGUGUUGUAGUUUGUGGUGCAGCAAUGGCAACACCAAAUCAGUCAUAUGAACAACAACUAAGUGUGCAGCGAGUUAGGAACUCAGGGAUGAUUAGCUCUAACCAGAGUCCAAUGAGGGAUGACAAGGAAGAGGAGAUGUCAAGAUCAGCUCUAGCAAUGUUCCGAGCCAAGGAAGAAGAAAUUGAGAGGAAAAAAAUGGAGGUGAGGGAUAAGGUUCAUACUUAUUUGGGUCGAGUCGAGGAGGAAACAAAGCGCUUGGCUGAGAUUAGAGAAGAACUUGAGGGUCUCACAGAUCCAUUGAGGAAGGAAGUUGCAAUAGUUAGAAAGAAGAUAGACAGUGUUAACAAAGAGUUAAAGCCCCUGGGCCAAACCUGCCAGAGAAAGGAGAGAGAAUACAAGGAAGCCCUUGAAGCCUUCAAUGAGAAAAACAAGGAAAAAGCUCAACUUGUUACUAAAUUAAUGGAGCUGGUGACUGAAAGCGAGAGGAUGAGGAUGAAGAAGCUGGAGGAGUUAAGCAAAAACGUAGAUACCUUGCAUUAAGAUGCUAAUGAAAAGUGACCCUUCUGGAUUCAGUGU